UCUCCUCACCCUCCCCUGACUGACGCUCUGAUGCUUUUCCUUUUUUCCCUCCCGCCCUCCUCCAGCACCUGUGUCUGGUUGUCAGGGCAGUCAGAAGGUGACCAAGCCGCCUGCCGAACCCCGAUCUGGGACAAAGGCUCUGGACAGAGGCCCCCGACUCUGCCUGGGGGACCCCACAUGUCGCACCAGGACGGGAAUGGAGGAGAGCUUUGAAACGUUUGAGGAAGAACUAUGGCCCCCAAGACCAGAAACUCCCCCUAAAAAGCCUUUCAGACACAUCCAUAGAGAAGAUAUGUAUGCUGCCAGGAGAAUGAAAGAGGAGAGCCCUCCACCAACCACACAGAUCCCCCAGAGUGUACCCAGACAGACCAGUAACCCUCCCACCAGAAGUAUGUCCCUGCGGAAAUCUCUGUCCAUCCAGAACCUGAGCCAGAUCGACACCCCCUGGGAGAACGUCACCCUCAACCGCUGCCUGUUUGUGGCCAUCUCCAUCCUGGUGCUCACCUCUGGCCUGCAGAGGCUGCACGAGGUGGUGCGGGGUCGACGAGGGGCGGAGGAGGAGGUGGAGGAUGCGGGGCUGGCGGUCAGGCGCUCUGCCCUGAGGAACAGAGCACCUCCGGAGCCAGAGCCGCCCCUCUGGGAGGUGCUGUUGUCAUGGCUGCCAGACCUCAGCGAUGACGACGACAGCGGCGGUGCCAAGAGCGCCCGCUCCAAGAGGGGGGGGGCUAAGAACCCCCCCCGACGGCGGCAGAGGAACAGACCGGCCCCCGAGAAGAGUCUCACCAGAGAGGGGGGGGGGCCGGCUGGCGGAGAGAAGAGCCAAGAGAGAGAGGGAUGAGGACACUACAGCCAAGAGGAAAGGAAAACGAGCCAAACUGAGAGAAGAAGAGGAGGAGGAAGAGGAGGAGGAGGAGGAAGAAGAGGUUGUGAUACCCAAGAAGAAGAAAUCCAAAGCCGGUAAAUCGUGAGGAACUGUCGUGUGAACAGAAAGCUUUCACGCAAUCUUAAGGAAGGAGUUUAGAGGUAAAUCUCCGCGUGAUCGCAACAGAGAGUAGAUAGCUAUGUUCCUCACCAGAGGACGGUGAUCUGUAGUCUUCAACAGAUCCAGGGCUGUGACUGGUUCAGUCAGGAACAGGUGACUGAUCAGCCAAUCCUGACAGUUCUCCUUGUUUGCUUCCUGUUGCCUUGAUCCACCUGUCUUGUAAAGGUUUUUUUGUUUAUUUUUGCUCAGAUUACACUGUGAAGACAACAGCUAUGCUAUUCAUCGUGGUAUUGAUUAUUUUGAAGAGGGUCUCCAAUAGGAUCUAUGUGAAGUUACAUGUGCACUGAUUCUGCUACACUAACCAUCAGACAUGAAUAAAGUGAGUGUGAAGCCAUUAAGAGCUGUUUAUAUUUCAACAAACCACAGAACACAGGACAUUUCUCCAAAUAUUUUUUUCCAAUCAAUAUUUAAUUACAAAACAAAGGAAUCUUAAAAGAUGAGCUUCUGGUAAUAUUACAGUUGAGCGUUUUGAAAAGUAUGUCUUCUUAGUACAACAACACCAAUGUAAAACUGCCUUUCCACCCGUAUAAAAAAAAAACUACUGAAAAUUGACCCAGAUGAACAACUGUAGAAAAUGCCCCGGAGCAUCCAGAGUUUAGAGACACUGCAGUGGACAGCCAGCCAGCCAACCAACCAACCAGGCAGCCAAGCA